CGCACCUGCUUGAGAAUUAACAGCUAAUUACCACUGUGUGGCGCCACGUGUGUGCGUGGUGUGAGUGUGUGUGUGUGUGACAUGUUUGACGUCUUUUUUCUGUCACCAUCAUCUGUCUAUACUUUGAACACGACUUACUUUCACCGAGAAAUAGAAAUUAAUCCAGCUCGUUUUGGGGGUUUAACGUGAAGGUUUAUGGAUAAAUUAAGGGCGGUGUUGAGUGGUCGAGAUGGAAACACUAACAGCACACCGAACAUAAUUGAGACAGCGAAUGAAGCGUCCACGUUAUCCUGGCGCACGCGGGUCAGAGGAUUUGCAGUGUGCCUGGGCAUCGGGGUCUUGUGCUCAGUUCUGGGAGCGUGCUGUCUGUUUAUCCCCAAGAUAGGUCUGAUCCUCUUUAUCGUCUUUUACACGUUCGGGAAUAUCUGCUCCUUGACCAGCUCUUUGUUUCUGAUGGGACCAAUGAAGCAGCUGAAGAUGAUGUUUGAUAAAACCAGAGUGUUUGCGACGGUGGUCAUGCUCGUGUGCCUGGUGCUGACACUGUGUGCAGCAUUUUGGUGGAAGAUCUUUGCUUUGACAUUGCUGUUUGUUAUUUUGCAAGUCAUCGCGUUCACUUGGUAUGGACUCUCUUACAUCCCUUUUGCGAGAGAUGCCAUAUUGAAGUUCUUUUCCAUGAUGUUCAAAAUGUGUAUAAGUUGUUGUAAGGAGAAUUGACACUUCCUGAGGAUUCAUCUGUACAAGUUUGAAGCAGGACCUGUUUUAGAGCAUAUUGACUGCUAAAAUACACAUCAUACCUUGUUCCAAAUAUAGCGAACACUCGAUCGACUGGUUUUACUUUUGCCUUUUUAAAGAUGAAAGAAUUCAAAACUAAGAAAAUAGGAUUGUGUCAGUGUCUCGGAUCGUUCUUUUAUUCCGUUUAGUUGAGAUCUAGUAGAGGAUUUUCAUCCUAUGAACUAAGCAUUGUUUUCUGUUUUUUGUCUUUUGGGUCUGUUUUGAUUUUCCAUUGCCAUUCUUGACAUUGUGGGAUCUGAAACUAUCGCAAAUGCUGUGCAAUAUUGUAAAAUAAACAAAUAAAUUCUCAUAUUUAUUCCA